AUGGAUGAUGGUCUCCGACCUAAUCUGGACAUUAGAACUUUCUCUAACGACUUGGGGAAGCACUUUGUUCAGAAGAUAGAUACUAUCCGCACACAGCUUGACACCAAUCAACAGAGUGAUUCAUAUCCAGAAGAUGACACUCCAUCUGCUGCUCAGCAGACUGAUUCACUUCCGGAAGAUGACAUUGCGUCUGCUGUUCUUGAUGAGACUGUGUCAUCAAUCCCUACUUUUACAAUGCUAUCAGUUCGAGAUCUUAAACAGCUUAUCCAGAACUCCGCCCUUAAAUCGUGCCCUCUUAACCCUAUGCCAUCCACACUGGUUAGCAAAUGUGAGGAUCUCCUCCCAGUUCUCACAAAAAUCGAUAACAACUCAUUACAGUCUGGGCGUUUUCCGGAAAUUUGGAAAGAGGCUUUAGUUUUUCCACUGUUAAAGAAACCCAGUCUCGUUGUUAUCUUUUUGAGAACUUCUGUCCUGUGAGCAGAUUGACAAGCGAUGACAAAUGAAAUGUUUCUUCCCCUCUAAACUUUGACUGAAUUCGUUUAAAAUAGUGGCGUUGCAUUGUAACUGCAUGACACACUUUGGCACAGAAGCAAAACUAUUAAUUCUUCAUGAGACCAAACUAUAGCUCUUUACACAGAAAUCUCAUUUGGUUUGGAAGCUAAAAUGAUGCGUAUAAAAACUAUACAGGAAUUUAGAUCAGUUGGUGGUUGGAACGUUUCUUUUUGUGCUCACUCCUCCUCUUCUAAGAUUAGAAAUAUUCAUUUACGUCUUUUUCGUCCCAACCAAGGACCACAUACUGUACACUUAAUUGAAACUUGUCAGCGUGCAAAGAAAGUCAUGUCCCAUAGCCCAGGACUAAUGGAUGUUGCAAACAGGCAAAUGAAUUCUGUUCUUAACUUGCCCAACAAGCAAAUGUUUUUGAGGAAAUCUAGAUUACAGAAGGACUGUUAUCAAUCCUGCUCAUCAAAGUUUUUGAGGGGCUGAUAAAAAUGGCCCUUGGGCUAGUACAUGUUAGCUGCAGCUCGCCCAAAUGCCAGGCUGUAAAACUGACUUGUGGGCUUUCGCACUUUGCGAGUUGUUCACUGAGAUUUUAUCUGAGAUGAUAUUUGUCUGUCUUGAUAUUUUGAGGUCUUGAAGCCAUUUAGCAGGUGGUGGGACGAAUCUGUUUUCAUUCAAAAGGUUUAAUUUUUUUCGGCAUCUGACAAAUUUCAGUAGAUUAAAUUUUGUGCUGAAGUGACAUCUGUUUUUUUGCCUUAGGUUGAUGUCUUCUUGUGUAACGAAUUUCGUGGCUGCUUGUCAUUUGAAGCCUGUCCGUUUCCUGUUUGUAGUUUUUCUGUGGUUUUUGGUCCCAGGGGUUUUAGGGGUUACAAGCAAAUAAGCAAUUUUAUAAAGACAUUUAGCGUCACCAGUUUCCUCUGAAAUGCAUAGAUCUGAAUUAGUCUGUGUAUUAGUGGUCACCAGUUGUUUUGUCUGUGAAUGUAAUGAUUCCCAGCUCUUUAGAGUUGUUUGCAGUAAAAUUUCAUGGAUAGUGAUCAACAGGACAAAAUCUUAAAAAAGCAAGAAUUAUAGCUGACAUUGAAGCUUUACCAAUAAUAUUAUUGAGAAUGAUGCCCUUUUUUAGAUAACCAGAGUCCUUGGACCGGAGGGUGAUGCUAUGUAAUUACUCAUUUUUCAAUUACUUUUGGAAUUAGCAUUUGCCUUAUCCCACUUUCUUCUUAUCCUCCUCUACUUCUUCACCGAUUCAAAUGGCUGCAGCUGAAAUUCACACUCUUGGUGUCAAAUCUAUAGAUGAGCAGUAAAAAGACUAUUAUUAUAGAUUUCUCUGAAAUGUCAGCAGCCUUUUUGCAGUCAUUGGAAGAGCUAAAAAUUAAAUUAAACUUUUGCGGAAGCUGGUGGUGUAAUCCCCAAAACUUCAUUUCCCUGUAGGUCCCUGAGCCAAGCUCAGAAGACAGUCAAGUUUUCUGCACUUUUUAAGCUCCUUUGUCUCGAAAAUGUCGCAGCAGUCAUGUAAACCAUCAAUAGAAAACGUUGUAAUGUGUAUUCAUCAAAAUCACAUGCAUGAUCGUGUUGGUUAUUGUCUUAGAGAUGACUGAUAAUGGUUCGCGCAAUUAACUGUCAAAACUGACCAAUCAGAGGGUAUACCAGUAGCUGGUACACUGGAACAGUUCAUUUAAAGAAAUGAUUACAGGCUCUGCCACCCUCCAUCUCCCCAGUUUCCUCCCGUUUUAUUUUCGUGUUGCACUUUCUCACUUUUGCAGACCCAACUAUCUUGGAUCCUGAAACAGCUAGGCUAUCUUGUUCUGGAAUAUGAUCGAUCGAAUCACUCUUAGUUGCCAAAUGGCAUUUUUAAUUAGGUUUUAGCCUGACAUUCUUGUGCUUCUGAUACAUGACAUUUGUUAAGAAUACACAAAUGUUUGUUUGUAAGAACAUGAUUAAGGAAAGCAGAGCUGUGAGUCCAGACUGAGACUUCUGUACUGCUGAUGACUUUUUCGGUGUACCGACUUUUGUGUAUUGAAAAUUCAAUCCUCUUCUUCCUUACACUGUAUAUUUUCUAAAUCUUGGAUAAAGUAAAUAAGGUUAUUCAAGUUCAAGAGUGACUUCACAGCUGUUACAUGAAUUUCUCAAACUCGUUAAUUAUUCAUGAGGGCAACAACCAAUACAUGAGGUAUAUUUGGGUCACAUGCAUGAACCUUGAUACCCAAUGAACACUCAGAUGAAAAUCUUAUGGUUUUUGAUCUGAGAUCAAACAUGGUUUCGAUCUCAGAUCAAAUACAUGCAUUUUAAUGAGCAUUUUUCGAUUAUUAAUACAUCAUCAACAACAAUCCUAAAAUUACGUGAAUAUUAAUUGAUAUAAUUAACCUUGAUAGUGUAGGAUACCACAAGCUAUUCCAUAAACAGGCUUUGGUGGAUAUCUCUCCCUCGGCUUCUCGGCCACCUCCAUCAAGCUAGCCAGUAAUUCAAGUUUACUACAUCCAUUUCUUCAAUGCGGGUAGACAGCUGACCUUGUGUAAAUCAUAGUUUUUAAAGAGCCCUCCUGGAUCUAAAACAGGAGCUUUAACCGACCGAGAAAUUAGCCAUUCGCCAAAAAUUGUUACUGCCCAUUUGUUCUUAUAUUUGGUUGACGAGAGAAUAGCUUUUCUGACUAACUUGUGUUCUUCGUUAAUCGUUUUCGGCUCCGUAAAUCUUCCCUCCCCAUCUUCACUUAUGGUCAGACACCAAAACAAUUAAUUAUGCAUGUUAACACAAUGUUACGGAAAAUGGCAAGAUUGCAUCACCAAAAAAACAAUAGCGAAAAAAUGGAUCACUGCAUAUUUUUUUUAUUGUUUGAGAAGUCAUCUCAAAGACUCGUGCUUCGGGUUUCAUCAGGGGUUCCAAGCACCUUGAAACAAUAAAAGCACUCGGCCUGGAAUUACACCAGUAACAAAAUAAAUCUGGCCAGGCUGCUUCAAGACCAUGAUGGCUUUGUGAUUGUUCCUCAGAUAUCAAGAAUAUCCUUCAUGUGUUUGCAAGAAAUUUGCCAUGAAAAUUCACAAUAGAAAAUGAUACUUGCAAGGAAAGUGGCGAUAAUAUGCAUUUCAAAUGGUUUUAUGUCAUUUCUCUUCUAAGAAAUGUGAAGAAGAGUCUACCCUACUUCAUACUAAUUGGAAAUCCAGUCUUUCCCCAGUUUUGUUGGCCCAAAAUUAUCCAAUAUAAUAAUAACACAAAAAGUUGGGCUACAGGUAUUUUGGAAGCAUAUUAUAGAAAUGACAACUUGUCAAUAUUUACAUUUCAGUGGUGGCAACCAUAAGCCAAACCCAUCAUCAACAAAAAUUGACGUCAAUUAAUUGUUCAAUGUAAAAGUUUAAGGGGGGACCUGGCCACUUCAGCAGUCUUCACAGUUUCACUGAUACUGGCGGAUCUCCACCUUGAUGAAAUACUGCUCUUUCCUAGUGUCAAGAAUGUCUAGAGUGCAUCAUGAAUUUGGGGGAAAAAUUGAAUAUUAAGGUCAUGGAAAUUAGUGCUCCACUUUAUUCAUGGUGUGGUAAUUCACAUUACAGUGUAACAUAAAUUGAUCUGACUUUAAUUAAUGCUAAUCUUUGAAAUUUGCAUUAGUUUCAUGAAGUGUUAAUUUCUCGUAAAAAAGUGUCUAGCUCUCCAUGUUUUCUCUUUAACCAAAGGCUUGCCCACAAAGAGUUACUACAGGAAGCAAAACAAGCACGGUCAAGAGCAGAAACAAUGGGUGCAGCAGGCUGGUGAGUUUUUUUUUUAUGAAAAACAUAUAGGAUGGUUUCCAUCCAACAAAAGUUAAUACUAUUAUUAAUUAUUAUUAAAAAACAAUAUUAAAAAAUGUUCCCCAAAGCUGAGAGAAAGAUCAAAAUUAAUUUAUGACUGGUGUUAUAUAAACUUUGGAGUUAUCAUGACAACUUCAUGAUGUCAUUACUUAUAAUACCUACAGGAUCCUAUUUUUUGUUACAUUGCUCACUAGAUCUUGUACCUCCUGUAGCCUCUUUGGUGUUCAUAGUUUGAGCGAAUUCUAUAAGAAUACUUAAAUGAAGAGAUCAACUAAAAAUGCAUUUGCAUCUUGUGAAGACUAAAAUACAUAGGCACGAGUAACAGAGAUACUUACCAGGAGACACAAAGAUUGGAAAACUGAACAAGUGCAUUGGGGGCAGUAUUUGCUCACCCCUAGAAGUUUCUAUUGACUGGUUAUUAGUUGCUACAAUGUAUCCUUUUUUCUUUGCUCAUGACAUGAUGGCACCUACCCCAGAACACCGCAACUGGCUUAGAUCUAAACCGGGCGGUAGGAGAUGUUCCGUCAUGGUCAGUUUUAAUUUAGUUAAAAAAUGAAAAAUUAACCUCACUGUUAAGUCCUAUUGUAAUAUUUUUUUUCAGGCAAAAAUGUCCUAUUCCUGCAACAAACAAAAGGUUCCUUCACAAUGCCCUUCUAAGCACACUUGAACCAAAAAGAAAGAAAUCCAGACCAGGUACUGAAAAUUGAAUCUUCAAAUUAUGCAGUAAGAUCAUGCGGGAUACAUGCACAGUACAGUCACUCAGUUGCUUUUGUUAAAGUCUACAUUAAUGCCACCCAUUCAACCACUUUGCUCUGAUUGAUUGCUUUUCUCCAGAUUUUGAGAGAUAAGACCUAUUGAUUAUUCACUCCCAGAGUGAAUGAUGGAGUCUCGUAAGGUGCCGGGUUCUUAUUUUUGAGUCUCCAGACAAAAUAUUGGAGUGUGGCCGUUCAAAUGAAACCUCUUUGCGGUAGUACUUUCACAUUGUGCUGUUUUUUUAUCUCUUGCAAGCAUACCUUGAAAAAAAUGAAUUUUUUCCCCAAAAGUAAAUCAGAGUAAGAGAAAAAUUUUCUUAUUCACUUGUCCCUCCGACAAGCACUUUAUUAAAUUUGGUUGUCCAAUACCCAAGAGUUCUUAUCCAAAAAGUUUUGCCAGGUUCCUAAGCCAAAUGGAACUCGUAAAAACAAAUGAAAUGAAAUGGUCGCGGUAUGGCAAAGUUAAAAGGAAUAUUUAACCUUAUUUUGUCAAGUAUGAUCGAGGUUUGCUUUAAUGACUACAAGGUAAAAGGUUUACAUGUCCGAACUAAAUUGCCUUAACGUUAGCUAGUAAUAGUUGACACUACAGCUGCCCCCGCUCUGUAUAUUGUAGGUCAAUAGUAUUCUUGCUCGUUGUGUAGCCGUCUUUGAAAUAUACCGAUUAAUAAUGAAGAUGUUCACACAUAUUUUAUACAAUAGGUGAGAUAAACGCUAGGUUCCAUGCACAGUUUCGGUUCGAUUCACACAGCUUUGAUCAAAACAUUUUCAGUUUCGAGAAUAGUUUAUUCUAAACCAUAAGAAAAGAUUUAAAUAGAAGUUUAAUUUUUCGCUAUUUCUAUUUCACUUUCUACAUUUAGUUCAUUUCAUUUGCCGGAAAGUAGGCCUUAGAAAUUAAAAGGACGUUUGAUCAAUUCACGCUCGCGCAUUCUAGUCUUAUUUUUUUAAAACUUAUAUAGCGGAAGGACAUCUGUGUGCAGGGAAUAAGUCAGCGCAGAAUUUGAUGGUCGUCGAAUUUCUGUAAUCGUCCAUCGUUCUGCUUUUGAUGUAUAAGCUAACCGUUGAAUCAUUCACUCGUCUUGCUUGUGUGGGGCCGAGACUUAUUCCGGUCAAAGAAAGAGAAAGAGUGUCUGGCAAGGUUUCCAAUCAAAGAUUUGUAACCUCGUGUCUGGCAAACUCACUUGGUGUUAAAAUAUACACUGUUAUACGCACCUUAUAACUUCAUCUGUUCUUAACGAGUGUCUUUUGGUCCAUAACUUUGAUAACAUUCUGCUCCACGGAAUGUCACUGAUAACACGUAACGCAAGGAGUAUCGAAGUAUGACUGCACAAUUAAUGUAAGCGGUCCCUUCGGGAUUUUUUGUGUUUUACGUCAUCCUAACCAUUUCGUACUUGCGGGCGCAAACAAUAGAAACGUCAUCAUUACCUACCGACUCCUCGCAGCCCCUGUUCAAGCAAAUCGAGAUUCAAAUCUAUAUUAACUGUAUGACUGUAUAUUUCAACUGUAAGUACUUUCCUUAACAUACGUGUGAGUUACUAGAGUGCGUCCUCGGGAUUUCGCCUUCUAAUCCCUGCGGGGGCAAUUAUGGUCACGUGACAAGGAAUUGAAAAUGAAGGAAAUUGGUCAAUUGGUGGCGAAUUUACUUUGUUUGAUAAAUAACUCGUCGUUUCUGAUAGAGGGUAAAAAUACCUUACUUUCUUCGUUUGGGAUGAACUCAUAAUUUUUUAUUUUACAUGUCCGAACUAAAUUUCUACUUGCCCCGGACAAUCGGGCAUAGGUUUUGGUGCACCGGUGGCGCACCCUGUAAAUCUUGAGGUCCUCUUGUGCCUUAACGUUAAAUUAUGGUCACUUGACAUGUCACGUGACAAGGAUUUGAAAAUGAAGGAAAUUGGUCAGUUGGUGGCGAAUUUAUUUUGUUUGAAUAAAUAACUCGUCGUUUCUGAUAGAGGGUAAACAUACCUUACUUUCUUCGUUUGGAAUGAAUAAUAAAAUAAUAAAUAAUAAUAUAUAAUUUAUUUCUAUAGAGCAUUUUCCUAACGCCCAAAUGCGCUUUACAGUGUCAGAUAUAUUAUAAUCUAUACACUAAAAAAUGUAAAAAAUCCUAAGAAUCGAAAAAAUCAAAAGUCUUAAAGUCCUAAAAAUCAAAAAAAGAAAAAAAUUGAAAGGCUAAAAAUAUGCUUGUCGAAAAAGAUAGGUCUUAAGCUUAGCUUUAAAGAUAGAGACAGAAGCGCUGCUUUUAAUCUCAAAUGGAAGCGAGUUCCAGAGGUAAGGCGCGCACACUGAGAAAGCCCUCAAGCCAAUCAAUUUGAGCUUGUGCGUUGGCUGCUCAAGUAGAGGUUGGUCAGCAGACCAAAGAGCUCGCCUGGGAACAUAAGGACUGAUGAGCUCAGUCAGGUACGUUGGAGUCGCACCAUGGAGUGCCUUAAAGGUGUACAAUAAGAUCUUAAAAACAAUACGCUGACGGACGGGGAGCCAGUGUAGCUCAAUAAGUAGUGGUGUGACAUGAUCAAACUUCCGCUUGCAAGUGAUCACUUUGGCCGCCGCGUUCAUAACAUAUUGUAGUCUCUGAAUAAGAUAAUCAGGUAGGCCAUAGAGAAGCGAAUUACAAUGAUCUAAGGGAGACGUUACUAACGCAUGCACUAGUGUUUUGGUUGAGUCAAUAAUAAGGCAUGAACGUAUACGACUAAUGUUUCUGAUGUGAUAAAAAGCCGUCCUGCAUAGUUCAUUGACGUGUUCCUCGAAACUCUCUGCAAAUUUCGAAGCCAGCACUUUGCAAAACGAUUUUGUCGUCUUCUUUCGUCUUGGAGUCGGGGGCAAAAACGGACAAGCUAUUUUUCUUCCUUGGAGGCAUUCACUUCCAAAAUCCAGGGAAGAACAGUGAGCACUAUACUUGUAGACCACGAUUGCUGUCAAAUUGCGUGAUUAGCUUGGUUCAACAGCGACAUGCGUUUCAAGUAUGACAGCACUUGUCAACGAUCAAUUAAAAUGAUUAGCACAGAAAAAACUUUUGCGCUCCGUAAGUCUGCACGGAAAAAACAUUUUUCCUGAACUUUUUUUGAAAAGAAAGCUCUUGAUGAGCUCUACUUAAUCAUCUAAAAAUUGAAAAUUUCGAAAAAUGAUGAUUUUUUACCCUGGAUGAUACCUUAAGUAAAAGCGCUUGUCUUUAAAGAACCAAUUAGCUUUUAAAACUAGAGGAAUCAAGUCGUCAGAGUUAAAAACUGUUUCAUUAGGUAAAAUCGCACGUGAAAACCUCGUGAGUUAAUAUAAUGAUGCAACCAUCUACCACACUGAUGAAAAUCUGAUUUCGUAACUUUUCUGUAUUCAAUGAGCCAGAUUAUCGUAGGAAACUUUUGAAACAUUUUCCAGUCUUCCUUCGACGCAACGUGUGUUGAGUUGAUAUUCAUUGUACUUUAAACAAUUUGUUUAAUUUGCACCAGAUGUCUGAAGGAAAUAUAAAGAAAAAAUAAUCUAUAGCAUGAGAAUCGACGCAGAACAAUCCCCAAUUUUGCCAAAAAAAAAAAGGUUUACAUUUAGGAUAAAAGGGGUGGAUCCUUGGUACGGUUACACUGAAGCAUUCAAAAUAGCUCAUCAUGUUAAACGUGCCUAUGUUGUCAGUUGUGAGGAAUCUAGGCAUUCGUUAUUGAAGCUACCAACAAUGCUUGGAAAUAAAGGUCAGGUAAAUUGGCGUUGUUUUUGCGACCCGUGGUUUCAAUUUGUUUCUUUGCUUUUCACAUGAGGCUAUUGUCUAUUUUUUUAUGCACGUGCGGAGUCUAACUUCUUUUACAUGUCUUUACAUGUCGUUUAUCGAAUCAUGGUCCUGGGAGAAGUUAAAACAAUUUGCUACUUUGUCGCUAUUUACUGCCGUGGCAAUGAAAAACCACCCACCUCACAGCAAAUGUAACCCACCUGACAAACUGUUUCAAUCUCUUAGUGAUCGUUAUCAGAGAAAACAAUGGCUACAGCCGUUAUUCGAUACUUUUCUUCUCUUUCAGAUAAUAAACAACAGGAGAUUAAGAUGAAAGGUCCUAAACCUUACAGGGAGAGCGACUGCAAGACGACAUCUUUUGCGGACAAAAAGAGGGAUAAAGAAAAGCAGAAAUGCAAAACCAUUUCGACAACAUCUGCUAAAUCUAAGCAGAAAUGA